GGCUGCAUAGCCCUGCGUGUCCUGUGCGCGCGUGCUGGGUCCGGCGCCGAGUCCGCCGCGGACGAGUGUGUUCAUCUGCGGCGUCCGUGCGUGCGAGCCUCAGAGGGGGCUGGCGGGUGUGCUAUAGGGCGGCGGGAGCAGGAGCAGGCCGAGGGUCCUCAGGCAAAGAAAUCUGGCCUCGGAACCCGCUAGCCUCCGCUCAGCUUCCAAUAUCCCAACCGGCAGCCGAGAGCCGGGGGGACUCUGCUCGGAAAUCGUCCUGGGCCAACUCAGCCCCUCUGAGCUCUCGAAGAUUACCGCAUCUUCUUCCUAACGCAGAGAAGUGAGCCCGGAAAGGGAAGGAAGGGGCGGGGACACCCCCCAAAUAAAUAAAUAAAUAAACAAACUGGCUCCUCGACACAGCUGGACACGGUCGGUUGAGUCCAGGUUGGGUCAGACCUGAACCCCCAAAAGCGGAACCGCCUCCCACCCUCGCGCCGGCCGCCCGCGGGGAGCUGAGUCGCCGGCGGCGGUGGUGGCGGACGGACCGGGAGUUUCCUCUCGCACUGGAUGGAGCUGAACUUUGGGCGGCCAGAGCAGCGCGGCCGUCCGGGGAUUGCUGUAUGCUGAGCUCCCUCGUCGAUACCCAGCCGCGGCUCGGGAUUUUUUGGGGGGCGGGGACCAGCUGCGCGCCGGCACCAUGUUCCUGGCGACCUUGUACUUUGCGCUGCCGCUCCUGGACGUGCUGCUGUCGGCCGAGGUGAGCGGCGGGGACCGCCUGGACUGUGUGAAAGCCAGCGACCAGUGCCUCAAGGAGCAGAGCUGCAGCACCAAGUACCGCACGCUGAGGCAGUGCGUGGCGGGCAAGGAGACCAACUUCAGCCUGACGUCCGGCCUGGAGGCCAAGGACGAGUGCCGCAGUGCCAUGGAGGCCCUCAAGCAGAAGUCGCUCUACAACUGCCGCUGCAAGCGGGGUAUGAAGAAGGAGAAGAACUGCCUGCGCAUCUACUGGAGCAUGUACCAGAGCCUGCAGGGAAAUGAUCUGCUCGAAGAUUCCCCUUACGAGCCAGUUAACAGCAGAUUGUCUGAUAUAUUCCGGGUGGUCCCAUUCAUACCAGAUAUGUUCCAGCAAGUGGAGCCCGUGCCCAAGGGGAACAACUGCCUGGACGCCGCCAAGGCCUGUAACCUCGACGACACCUGCAAGAAGUACCGGUCCGCCUACAUCACCCCGUGCACCACCAGCAUGUCCAACGAGGUUUGCAACCGGCGCAAGUGCCACAAGGCCCUGCGGCAGUUCUUCGACAAGGUCCCUGCCAAGCACAGCUACGGGAUGCUCUUCUGCUCCUGCCGGGACAUCGCGUGCACCGAGCGGCGGCGGCAGACCAUCGUGCCCGUGUGCUCCUACGAGGAGAGGGAGAAGCCCAACUGCCUGAAUUUACAGGACUCCUGCAAGACGAAUUACAUCUGCAGAUCUCGCCUUGCAGAUUUUUUUACCAACUGCCAACCCGAGUCAAGGUCUGCCAGCAGCUGUCUGAAGGAAAACUAUGCCGACUGCCUCCUCGCCUACUCAGGGCUUAUUGGUACAGUCAUGACCCCCAACUACAUAGACUCCAGUAGCCUCAGCGUGGCCCCGUGGUGUGACUGCAGCAACAGUGGGAAUGAUAUAGAAGAGUGCCUGAAAUUUUUGAACUUCUUCAAGGACAAUACUUGUCUCAAAAAUGCAAUUCAAGCCUUUGGCAAUGGUUCUGAUGUGACCGUGUGGCAGCCAGCCCUCCCAGUUCAGACCACCACUGCCACCACCACCACAGCCUUCCGGGCCAAGAACAAGCCCCUGGGGCCAGCAGGUUCUGAGAAUGAAAUCCCCACUCACGUUUUACCACCUUGUGCAAAUUUGCAGGCCCAGAAGCUGAAAUCCAAUAUGUCGGGCAGUACACACCUCUGUCUUUCUGAUCGUGAUUACGAAAAGAAUGGUCUCGCUGGUCCUUCCAGCCACAUAACCACAAAAUCAAUGGUUGCUCCUCUAAGCUGCUGUCUGAGCCCCCUGCUGGUUCUGGUGAUCACCACCCUGUCCACCUUAUUAUCUUCAUCUUUGGCAGAAACAUCGUAGCUGCAUUUAAACAACAAUACGGACAUGUAAAAAGACAAAAACCAAGCUAUCUGUUUCCUGUCCUCUUGUGUAUCUGAAAUUCCAGUUUUAGGAGCCCAGUUGAGAUACUGAGAAAACAGUUUCAUCCAACUGGAACUUUAUAUUUUGUUUCUUCUUCUUCUUUUUUUUUUUUCUUUUUUUUUUUUUUUCUUUUUUUUUUUGUUUUUGUUUUUGUUUUUUGUUUUUAAGAAAUCUCCUUGUGAUCCUUAGGGCUUCUGUGGGCUACCCAAUACAGUGCUACAUUCCAUACUGAAAA